GUGGAGGGAAGUGUUCCCGAAGUGUUCUAUUGGGAAAAAGUGAGUGAUCUUAGUGUGAUCGCAAAAGAAGAACAGGAGAGGCAGAUCACACACAGUCAUUCAAACCACCCUUUCCCUAGUUAGCUUCCUGCUCCUUUGAGGUGCCUUAACCAAGACGGCAAAAGAAGAAAAGGAAGAAGAUUCUCACGAGGACGGUAGCAUUUUGGAGUGGAAAAACUGAGCAGCGCUGUGGUUUGCUUUCUCUCUACACUUGCAACUUUCUUCUUGGAUAUUUGUAUGAUCCCUUAAGGUGCGAGGACAGGAACCGAGAGAAGCUGCUAAGUGUGGCGAAGAGGAUGUGGAUGGUUACCUGGGAAUGAGGGCAGAAGAUGCCCAUUUCCCCAGCUGCCCUGCCUUUCCUUGCUGACUGACAUACCUGCCACUCACCUUGCCAUGCUGUCGGAAUCUAACUGGAGGAGUCUCCGCCAGACCCUGCUGGUGCUGUUCACCACCACACUCCUCAUUGGCGUGACCAUGCUGGCCAUCUCCUCGGACAUCAACCCUGUGGGAUUUUUCUUCCUUACGGUUGGGGGUGUGUGUUUGGUUGGCUACCUCGUUAGUGUUGCAGCAGAGCAAUUCCUGAAAUGUCAGAAUCCACCAGAAGAAAAUCCUGCAGCCUCGAGGAGUCAAAGUCAGGCAGGAGACAAUGCGGCCUACGAAGCACCGGCGUAUGAGGAGGUGGUGGCCACAGGCUAUUUAUCUGAUUCUGCACCGACGAUCUGGACUAUCACGUCUGGUGCAGGCCCAGCCCAGGGGGACCCCCCUCCGUACAGUGUGGUGAUUGAGCCCCCUGCCCAGGGAGAGACCAUGGUGGAGGCAUUCAGUGUCUCCGUGGUCCCAGGUGCACGGCGGGCUUCAGAGGCCGAUCUGCACUCCAGGCUACACCUUUGCUUGGUACUGCCCCCAAGACUCAAGCGAAUUGUCUCGGAUACCCAUGAACUCAAAGGGAACACAGAGCGGCUGGAGCAGCUGGAGCCCCUCACGCCCCCUCCUGCUUAUGAGAAUACAGUUGGAGAUGAGAUCUUUGAAGAAGAAUUCCAGCCCUCAGGACUAUGACUGAAGGCCAGGAAUUAGUGAGCGUUGUUGUACCACUUCCUGCAAACACACUAUGGUCAUGUCGCUGGAGGCAUCUGAAACUAAGCCUGUGUGUGUCCACAACACUGUCCUCCCAAGGAAAGCACCAAUAGCAGGCAUGCAGCCAUGAUAGACUUCCCUCUGCUCCUGUUUGGGAAAGGGAGGAAGUUCAGAAUGGAUCCUGUUGCAUUUCGUGCAGUGGCCUGACAUUCCCAGAAUGUCAUUUGUAUGUUCCUAGGCAUGAAAAUAGGCCACCUGGAAACUGACAGUGGACAAGGUUGAACUGUCUGCCACAGUGGCAGAGAGAUACAGGCUGAGUUCAUGCUUCGUUACAAGCAACCCUGCAUGGUUUUCAUGCUGAAAGGGCAUUUUUUGCCUGCAUGUGCCUGAGAGAAGAUCAAGUGGUUUCUGAUCUAGCAUAUUUUCCACCCUCCUCACUCACUCCUCCUGCUGGUGACACAUAUCCUAUCAGCCACUGCACCUGGAAAUCCAUCCCACAAUGCAUGGUUGGAGCAGUUCCUGUAGCUGCUGCUCUUUCCAAGGAACUCUGUAGCAACUGCACACCAGAACUGUGGAGACCAUGACGCUGGGUUCAGAUGACUGGAGAAAUCAUGCUGAAGCAUGGAAACCAUAGGGCAGGCCAUUGUUGUGUAUUGUGUUUUCUAAAGACUGUACCCUGCUGAAAUACCACAACAGGGCUCAGACGGCACAACGGGCCUUCCUCUCAAGAAACUACCACAGCUUGUUGUGUCAUGCAAAACUUGUCAGAGUGGUUGUGGGUCCAGCCCAUCCAGUUUUCUGCCCUGUAGAGGGCAGAGGCUGUAUAGUCUGUGCAGAGCUGGAGAACAAUGCUGGUGAGUGUACCCAGGAAGUAGGGGAGGCAAAAAUCAUUCAGAAUUUGCACCUUCCCACGGAACUGUUUAAAAUACAGACAUCCAAUGUGGACAUGUGUUUGCCCUCAGCAAAUAUAUCAUUGCUUGGCAGAUGAUGGGCUGUUUUACUAAUGUUGUGAGAUGAGUCAUAUUCUAAGUUUCGUUGCAGGAAUGGCAUUUUUCAAUCAGAUUCAAAAUAAUGGCCACUGACUAGGAAGUUUUGUCCAGAUGUGUAGCUCAGCAUUCUUCAGAAUGAAGAAUCCACUUCUAAAAGGGCUAAUCAUAUGGGCCAACAACUCCCUUGGUUCUCAUUAACAUCAUCCCCAUGCAGUGCUUCCAGUGUACAAACUGAUAUGGCAUCAGGACACUGCAAGCAGAGGUUGCUCCAUUCACUUCUCUGCCAGGGAAUGGGAUUGUUUUAAAUGAUCUGGGAUAGUGCAUGUCAUGGAAAAUAAUGAGUUACCUCUGCACACUGGGCACACCUCCUAGACAUACAUCAGAAGCUGUCUUAUCCCAAGCCAGGCCUUGGUUCAUCAAGCCCUGUAUCGUUGAGCUGACUGCAGCAACUCUGCAAGGUUUUAGGAAGAGGUCCUUCCUAGCCUUGCCUGGAGAUGCCAGCAACAAAACCUGGGCCCUUCUGUAGGAAGGCACCUGCUCUGCUGCCACCAAGCCAAGACUUCCAUGCUCAGCCGGGCAUUGGGGAGACAGAAAACACACUCCACACAACAUUUUUCAGGUGAAAUUAGGCAUGCUUGUGUAUACUUCCUCUAUCCCCAUUCAUACACACCAAAGAUCCGCACCUGAUUCAUCUCCUCUUGCCCAUUAUACAUGCUCUUCAACUUCUGCAUACUAAACUGGCAUAACAGUUUGUUGAAAAACAGUUCAUAUGAAGUUUAAUCUGAGUGAAUGUUUUUGCAAAUAUUGCCCAAGUGCUGGUAGCAAUUUAGCAGGGUGUACCGUAUGGGGGAAUCUGACCCCUUCCAUUUUGUGUUCAUGUGCAUGGAGACAAGAUGUACUUUCCCCUCUGCCUGUACCCGGCCACUACUCAGGGAUUUAGCUCGAGAGUUAUGAGAGGGCUGAAACACUGAGGAUGUUAGCACAUGUGUGUACAUCCUGAGAUUUUAAAAGAUAUGUCCCAUCAUGUGCCCAAGAGGAACAACUAGAACUAAGCAUGGAAAUAUUUAUCAAAGACAGGCCCCAGAAAAUCAGUAACUAUGGACAUCUGGAGAAUGUGACAGCAAAGUAGGCUUUUACAUUCAGAAGUCUGAAAUAACUAGCCCAAUAUGCAGAUUUGGAUUGAGUUAAUUCCCAAAUCCAUUCACUAAAACUAUCUCAUUUUAAUGCAACCCCCUCUCUUAAUGCUAAUAUGAUGAAGGGUGUCAAGAUAUUAUGAAUCACAAACUUUAACCGUGGAAUGUGUAGCCUGAAGUGCCUGAUCCUGCCUAAUCUUGGAAGCUAAGCAGGGCCAGGCCUGGACAGAAGUGGGAUGGGUG